AUGUCCGCAAGGACCCACGUCAAGCGGCUGAUCGUGUGCAUUGAUGCGGAAGAGUACAGGCCCGAAGACGGAACACUAGGUGACAAAACACCCUUCCACAUGUCGCCCACUCAUGCUGACCAGCAUCCGAAAGGUAACGUUAACAGCAGCAACAUCUUCCGAAUCAAAAGCAUCAUACAAAAUGGCUUCUGCUACGAUGCGCAGGGGCGCACCAUCGAGCAAGCUGUGCGGUAUUACCGCGCCGCCGCGGAUGGGCCGAGCCGGAUCGAGCGGCUGAAAAGCAGACGCACGACGCUGUACCACGACGAGCAGAUCAAACUGAUAUGCCGGGAAGUGAGCGAGACGCUGGACGAGCCGCAGGAUGAGCUGUUCCUGUACGGGUUCGGACGGGGCGCGUUCCUUGUGCGGGCGGUGGCCGGUCUUCUGACGACCAUGUGGCUCCCCAAAGCGGCCUCGAUGCGGUACUUUGACAGACUGUACCAGAGCGCGCUGGACGUGUACAAGGCGCGCAGGGAGGACGAUAAUAGGAACGGGCCGAAAAUCAUCGAGUUUCUCCGCUCGCACACGACGCGUCCGCCACGGAUCCAGUUCAUGGGGGUUAUCAACACGGUCAAGUAUAGCGUGGAGGAGACUAUGCAUGAUAUUUCGUUCGUCUCGUCCAUCCAGCACCUGCGGCACGCGCUGGCCAUUAACGAGAUGAGGGCACAGUUGGGUGCCGAAGUGUUCGAGACGCCGCCCGCAAAGGAUAUGGAAGGAGGCCGGAGUUCUGUGCAGGCGUGGUUCGUGGGCUCGCACCAGGAUCUCGGCGGCGGGGCGUUUGAGGACGGCCUUUCCUUGUACCCGCUCCAGUGGUUACUCAUCGAGAGCAUCCGAGCCGGGCUUGUGUUGCAGGUCCAAGACGAGACGGCGCAGGGAGCGAAAGUCCUGACUCUCGCCUUCCCACAGUACGCCGGCGGGCUUCCGAAACUGGACGACAGCGAAAAGAUUGAGUGGCAGAUGCGGUACUCCAAUGGCAUUCAAGUCAGCUUCUACGACCUUCAAAGCUUGCAUGGCACAUCCUCCGAUGCGGAUCAAGCGCACAGUGUGCAGAUCAACACGUCAAGUCCGUUGUAUAGCAACCCUCCCAAAGUUUUCAAUCCGAAAGGACUGAUCGGGUGGUGCGACGCUGGGAGCUACGGCACGAUCGUCCACCCGUCGGUAUUCUGCCUGCUCGACAGAACUCCACGCUUUUAUGAACAAUAUCGCUUCAAAUCAAUGAAGAAGGAGCUUGCCGACUAUCGAGAUCGAUGUCUGGAGGAAGGCGACGGCGCAAUUCCCCCGUGGCUGGAAGGACUCGAGCUCCAGGCCAGUGGAGUGAAGGCCUUCAGGAUAUUGGUGUGUGGCAAAACGGGUGUCGGGAAGAGCACCUUGAUCAAUAAGGUCUUUGGAGUCGAAAUGACCGAAGAGUCCGACAGCUAUAAACAGGGCGAUCACGAUAUCAACCAGGCAUUCGAGUCCACCAAUCAUCCUGGCCUACUUAUUCAUGAUUCCAGGGGCUGGCAAGCAGGGAGCGACAAGGAACUGGACUUGAUCGCCAAGUUCUUGCGGCAUAGAGCGUACCAGAAGAACCCUGCGGAAGCGCUGCACGUCAUUUGGUUCUGCGUCGAUUCAGACGUCAGCCGGAUCGAGGCGGCCGACAAACGGACCUUCGAAACGAUCGCACAGUUCUCCAACCACGUGCCUGUUUUUGUCGUGGGCACGAAGAAGGACAAAUUGAUCGCGUUUCGCAAGAUCCAGCUCCUCGAGAAAUACAUGGAGCAGACGGGCAACUACCCCGAGUCGCAGCGCCUCGCGAACGAGGAAGCCGACAAGCUGGCGGACGAGCAAUUCCUGUCCCUUCGCGAGGAGCUCUCGCGGAUCAAACACUACAAGGCUGAUGGGUACUGCUGUCUUUCUAAAGACGACGAUCAAGGUGUCAAGAAGCUUCUGGGACAGACUCUCGAGCUCAUUACCGAUGACAGAGUUCGUCUCUUCGCGGUGGCGGCGCAAGUCGUCGAUGUCGAACAGAAGAUUGACUCGGCGAUCACAGAAUGCAUGCGUCUCGGCACGCACGCCAUUCGCACGGCGAUGGUCCCCUUGCCCUUCUCGAGCGCGAUCGGCACGCCCACCGUAGCGCGCAUCCUCUGCCAGAACGUCCUCCAGUGUUUCGGGUUCCCCAAGGCGCUGCCGGAGCAGGUGGAAGAAAUCAUGACGCGCGUCGUGCUGGGCCAUUUGAAGAAGUUCAUGGUCGUCACGCUCACAGAGUUCUUGGCCGUGGGGGUCACCACUGCAGGGCUGGUUGCGGGGACGAUGGGUGCUGGCGGCGUGGUAGCGUUGGCCUCGUGCGCCUUGGCCGUGCCUCCGACCGCGAGGAUGUUGUUCAAAUGCGCCUGCGACAUAAUCCUCAUCCUCGAGCGGUCGUUCCGGUACCAGGGCAAAUACGUCUCCGUCAAGCAGAUCGAGGACGCCGCCGUCUACUACACCACCGCCAUGACCACAACCUUCGCGGGGAAAGAGCUGCUCCUUCAAAAGCACGUCCACGACGAAGUCGAUCGGCUCAUCCCCUUGACGAAAUUCACUGCGGCCAUCCGGUUCAGCAGGCUUAGACCCGGGCUCGAGGACAUCAUCUACAAGAACCGAUUCCUGAAGACAGAGCGGGAGAGUAGGCCAUCGGUCCCGGAGAUAGGUGGCACGCAACUUGUCGAGCUCGAGGGGUUACAAAGUCCAGCGGAACUACCUGGCGCCAAGAGGCAACCCUCCGAGCUGCCGGCCGAAGACGUCAAGGUCCCAUGGACCAUUACGCAAAGUGUCUUGUCGUCAGGAUAUGGAUCUACCAGUGGAACGAAUACGAACACGGACACGAACACCACGGCUGAGGAUCUCCUCAGUCUCGAGGAGAGGACGACAAUAUCGCCGACCCGCAGCGACCUGGGCCUAAUGGCCACGCGGCAGUCAACGGUCUCACCGUUGUCAGAGUCGGAUACGAAGAGCGAGAGCAUUUUCUCGCGCAGCACCCGGAAAUGGUCGUCGAAGCUGGGCUUGCGCAAGACCAAGACUGUGCAAGAGGAGCGGAACAUGGGUGCGUGA